CAGAGAGGGCUGGCCACCAUGCACAGCUCCUGCAGCCCGUGGGGGAUGCUGCCCCAGCUGCCGCCGCUGCCCCUGUUGCUUCUGCUGCUGCUGACUGCCACUGGCCCUGCCACAGCCCUCACAGAGGACGAGAAGCAAACCAUGGUGGAGCUUCACAACCACUACCGCGCCCAGGUGUCCCCGCCAGCCUCAGACAUGCUGCAGAUGAGGUGGGACGACGAGCUGGCCGCCUUCGCCAAGGCCUACGCUCAGAAGUGCGUGUGGGGACACAAUAAGGAGCGCGGGCGGCGCGGAGAGAACUUGUUUGCCAUCACGGACGAGGGCAUGGACGUGCCGCUGGCCGUGGGGAACUGGCACGAGGAGCAUGAAUAUUACAAUCUCAGCACAGCCACCUGUGAUCCGGGCCAGAUGUGCGGCCACUACACUCAGGUAGUGUGGAGCAAGACUGAGAGAAUUGGCUGUGGUUCCCACUUCUGCGAGACGCUCCAGGGAGUGGAGGAAGCUAACAUCCAUUUGCUGGUGUGCAACUAUGAACCCCCGGGGAACGUGAAGGGCCGUAAGCCCUACCAGGAGGGGACGCCUUGCUCCCAGUGCCCUCUUGGCUACAGCUGCGUGAACUCUCUCUGUGAGCCGGAGAGAAAACCCGAAAAAGCGCAGGAUUCGCCUCCAAGGGUGACUGAAGUCCCAGGCUCCAGGGAAACCGGUAUUCCAUCCCUAGCAACCUCUGAAUCUCUACAUUUCUCCUCGGUAACAAAGGUCUCGGACUCCCUGGCAACCGAGCCCUCACCUGCGGUAGAAACAAAGGCCCCACCUUCCUUAGCAACCGAAGGCCCCUCCUCCAUGGCAACAGAGGCUCAGUCUUUUCUAACUGAGGUCCCCUCGGUUUCUGCAACGCACAUCCAGCCCUCACUGGAUGAAGGGCCAGUUAACUUCCUCACAUCAACACACAUCCCUGUCCCCAAACCUACGGACAAAGAAGCCAGCAGCAAGUCGAGAGCAGCCUCCGUGAGCCCAGAGAAAUCUCUGUAUCCCAAGAUGUCCCCGACAGAGACAGGAGUGUCCCCACCCCAAAUCCAGGAGUUGCCUGAGCCGGAGGACGAGUUGCCCGAGGCAGAGGUCGAAUUGCCUGAGGCAGAGGCCGAGUUGCCAGAGGCCAAGGCCGAGUUGCCUGUUUCCAGUGAGGUUUUGGUCCCAGUUCUUCCAGCCCAGGAGCGCGGUGGGCAGAAGGCCUCACUGGAACACUCCAGCUACCCUGUCCCCACAUAUCUGCCCAACUUCCCUAGUGCCUCAGGCAAUGCCACAGGUGGGCGCACCCUGGCCCUACAAUCAUCCCGGACAGGUGCAGAGGACCCUGAAAAGGCCAGCUGGGAUUCGAAGAACUCUGCUCCCGUGUGGGGCCCUUUCCCGGGACUGCUGCUGCCUCUCCUGCUGUUGGCUGGCAUAUUCUGAGGGGGACACUCAAAGGCCUGGUGAGACUGGCCUUGUGC